CAGCCCUGUAAGAGACAACGUAAGGAUGAGGAUCCACAGGGUAAAACCAUCACAAACUACUUCUCCCCUUUAUCUAAAGCCGUGGACAAGGGGCUGGCGUCCCCCAAGAGCAGCAACAUAGCUGAUUAUUUCAUCAGAACCCCCCCAGCCGCCAGCAGGGAGUGCACUCCGAAGCCCACCAGCCCCCGGAGCAGGAGUAAAGAGGCCCCGUCCACCCCACUAACCCCCCCCUCCAAACCCUCCGGCAGGGGGGUAAAGCAAGGGAAGCGCACCAGACUCCUCAAGAGACUCGGAGAUACCGUGCCGCCCUCUGACGCUGCUGCCAGCAAUGGUGGUGGGAACCAUGCGCCGAGCGGGAUUAUGGGUAGUGACACUGCAGCUCUCCUAGCAGAGAUCUGUAGUCACACAGCGGACCUUGGCGGGGAGGAGGAGGAUGACGAUGUGGUUUUUCAGUCAGAGACCUUUACUACUACUACGCCCCCAAGAGGGCACACUCUGAAACGGAGGACUAGUGCUGAGGUGGAGCAGCAGGUCAAUGUGGAGCCCCCAUCUAGGGGGUCCUCAGCUCUGCGUCCCCCACUAAUAUCCAGUGUAUCAUCUGAAGGCAAGACCUCGCUGGGGGACUCCAGCCUGGAGGUUCAGGUUGACACCUCUGACAACCUCGGCACAUUAACCAUAUCCUUUGAGGACUUCAUGAGAAACCAAGGAACUAAACAAGAGUCCACGAGUCCAGGGGACACCUCAGAUGUCACCAGUGCUGCAGAGGAUGACCAGGAGGCCGGGCAGAUGCCCUCUCCUAAGACAAUGACCAUCCAGGCCCAGGUCCACCUAUCCCCACCGCUCCAGCCACAGAACUCUACCAAAAUCGCUUCCAUCUUUAAGAAGAGUAAAAUGGAACACAAGACGACUGAGGCCAUGGCCACAGAGUGUGAUAAGAUGGGCCCUGUGGUUUCAAAAAUAAAGUCCAACGUGGUCAUACAAGAGGAAGACCUGGAGCUGGCCGUUAUCGAUGUGGAGGCCGGAGAAGCCUCAAAAUCAAAAUCUACUCCGGCCGAAAGACAGCAAUUCAUGAAAGCAUUCCAGCAAGUGGGGGAGGCUCCGAGGGCCAAGACCAAGAAGAAUCCUACAAAGAAAAAAGACCUCAAGGAAGGGACGGAGGACCACCACAAAUUGGAGGCCGACGAGCAGCAGCCACCAGACAAAGCUGCUGCAGAGACAGACAAGGCAUCGAAACUAAAGAGGAAGACACAGCCGCCGAGUGUAGACAUGCCAAAAUCCACCAAACCAGCGGAGAAAGAGAAGGUUGAGCAGAUGGACAAGGCAUCGAAACUAAAGAGGAGGACACAGCCGCCAAGUGUAGACAUGCCAAAAUCCACCAAACCAGCGGAGAAAGAGGUCGAGCAGAUGGACAAGGCAUCAAAACUAAAGAGGAGGACACAGCCGCCAAGUGUAGACAUGCCAAAAUCCACCAAACCAGCGGAGAAAGAGGUCGAGCAGAUGGACAAGGCAUCAAAACUAAAGAGGAGGACACAGCCGCCAAGUGUAGACAUGCCAAAAUCCACCAAACCAGCGGAGAAAGAGGUCGAGCAGAUGGACAAGGCAUCGAAAUUAAAGAGGAGGAAGAUAAAGCAAAGUGUGGAGGACCAAAAAUCCUCAAAACCAGCAGAGAAGCAGCCAACCCCACCACACGGCAACCCCGUCCUGAGGAGGAGCCUAAGGAGGUCGAGGUCAAGUCCAAGCAGAUCCCCACCAAGGAUGGUCGCAGACAGUCCUGUCCUCAUGUCCACCCCAAAAGUAAAGACUCCCUGUAGGAAAAAUGUUUACAGAGCAGAGGUCCUCACGGAGGUGUCUGACGUGCAGUCCCCAAUCAGAAUGAGAUUCACACGAGUGACGAGAAAUACUCGCAGGCGGCAGGAGGAUGAAGCGUCCACCCCAGGGUGUAUAAAGGUUUCCCAAAGCACCAAAAAACUCAGCAAAGCCAGACAACUUGUGGAGAAGGCCAAGGCUAUCCAGCAGAGCAUGGUGAAGGCCGAGGCUCCGGAGAGGAGGGUCACACGUCAGAGGAGCCACCGCACACAGGGUCCUCUAGUCAUUGCAGAUGCCUCAAUCAGCCAGAAGAAUGAGCGAAAGACGACGACUCUGAGGAGCCUGAACGAUGUUUUAGGGAAGAAAAUGAGAGCCAAGGGUCUGGGUCAUUCUGGUCACAAAGAGGUCAAGAAGGGGAAUAAAGGUGGAGUCAUCACCAUAGACGACAGGGUUUCCAGGGAGGUUGUGUCUGCUCUGGGGCGAUCCUCUCCACGCUCUUCCGUCAGGGAGCUGACGGCAAGUGGCUUCCGCCCUCCCGCGUUCGCUCAGGGCGACCUUCCUCUGAGUCCUCCCCGAGUCGGGCCACCCAGGACCUUCCCAUCGGAGUGCGCUAGUAGCCAGGUGGUCUUCUCCCCUAUGGUGGAUCCCACUGUGUCUAGGCUGUCUAAAUCGACUACCUUGCCGCUGGCUUAUGCGGCUUCCUUUAAGGACCCAUCGGACAAGCGUGUAGAGAACCUAGCGAAAUUCGCCUUUGAGGCUGCAGGCUCGGUCUUGUCCCCGGCUUUUGCUUCCACCUCGGUGUCAAAAGCUCUGUCGAUUUGGGCAG